GUGGAGGAGCUGCGAGUCUGUGCCUCUGUUAGUGCUGCGUGUGUCUUUCAGCGGGUGUUUGUAUGUUUGCGAGUGUGUACAGGCGUUUAAAGUCCACUUGGAUAAUCUGAAGCUCGAGGAAACGAGCAUAUCCUUUUCUGCGCACAAAUCCAGGUUUCUUCAGCGUGGUGAAAGAAGUUGCCUGCUUUCCUGCGAGUGCUUCGGUGUGCUGUUUUAUGUGUGUGGGUGUUUGUGUGCAGGGGUGCAUGUGAGUCACUGAGGUGAAUAUGCCUGUGUGAAUGCCUUGGUAUACAUAUACAUCCUGGUCGGAGAGCAUUUGCCCCAUGAGGUGCUCGGCGGAGAUGCGGCGUGGUACGCCCUCUGUGGUGCAGCUGCUGCUGCUGCUGGACUGCUUGUGUGCUGCGGCGACUGGCUACCUGUUCAGAACACCCCUGGACCUGGAUGUGACUCCACGUGUCACUGUGUUGAACAGCGGUCUCCAGGGCUGCAGGCGUUUCCAGCCGUCUGCAGUCGGCUACAGCACCAUGUUGCUGGAGGCUGACAGCGAGCGUCUGUACGUCGGGGCCCGCGGGGCCGUAUUCGCUCUCAAUGCCUCUGACAUCUCAGCCAGCUCUGCGCUCACUAUUGAGUGGGAGGCCUCCCCCGAGCAAAAACGUCAGUGCCUGCUCAAGGGAAAAGACAAUAAGACGGAGUGUUUUAAUCACAUCCGCCUUCUUCAGAGGUUUAACUCAACUCAUCUCUACAUGUGUGGUACUCAUGCCUACAGACCCCUCUGUGCAUACAUAGAUGUGGAGAGAUUUGCAAUUUCAUCUCAGCCCGAAGAAGGCAGAGAUAAAUGCCCCUAUGGCCCCACAACAGGUUACGCUGCCCUCAUUAUAGAUCAGCAGAUAUAUACAGCUUCCCAGUAUGAGUUUAGGAGCUUUCCAGAUAUCCGCCGCAAUUCCCCGACUCCCACGCUGAAGACAGAAGAUGCUCCCACACGCUGGCUGAAUGAGGCAGACUUUGUGAGUUCAGCACUUGUGAGGGAGAGUGUGGGCAGCAGUAUCGGCGAUGACGACAAGAUCUACUUCUUCUUUACUGAAAUCAGCCAGGAACAGACAGCAACCUACAGCCACAGCCGGGUGGCACGAGUUGCUCGGGUUUGUAAGGGAGACCGCGGAGGCCAUUUAACUCUCCAGAAACGGUGGACGUCCUUCCUCAAGACUCGGUUGACUUGUUCUCUCCCUGAAUAUGAUUUCCACUUCAACAUGCUGCGCAGCGUGUUCGUUCUGCCUGGCCAAAUGCCGCAGGACACGCUCUUCUACGGCAUCUUCGGCCUGGAGUGGAAAAGUGUGAAGGCGUCUGCAGUGUGUCGGUUCUCUCUGUCUGAAGUCCAAGAGGCCUUUCGAGGACCUUACAUGGAGAACCAGGACUCUGGUUCUAGCUGGAAGGAAUACACUGGAAAGAUCCCCGACCCGCGACCUGGAAUGUGUAUAACUGAUCCUCUGAGGGCCAGGAACAUAAACUUCUCCACUUCCCUGCCUGAUGAUGUGCUGGAUUUUGUCAGGAGGCAUCCUCUGAUGUCCCAGCAAGUCCAGCCUAAAGACAGACGCCCCCUUUUGUUUAGGAGGACCACAGACUACACACACAUGGCUGUACAUAUGACCCAGGGAUUAGAUGGACAAACUUACCAUGUAUUAUACAUGGGCACAGAUGAAGGCUGGUUACACAAAGCUGUAGACAUCAAAGGUCAGCUGCACAUUAUUGAGGAGCUUCAACUGUUUGAAGAGCCACAGCCUGUUAACAAUCUACUGAUAUCUGCCAAACAGUGGAGUGUGUACGUGAGCUCUCCAUCAGGCGUGGUUCAGCUGCCGCUCUCUAGCUGUCGUAGAUAUACUUCCUGCUAUGACUGUGUCUUUGCCAGGGACCCACACUGUGCCUGGAAUGGAGCUGAGUGCGUGGACGUCAUGAUGCAAUCAGACAGAUCCACAUUAAUCCAGGAUAUCCAGCAUGGCACCAAGGGAUGUGAGAAUGCACAAGGUGAUGUUGUUCAUCGGAGCCGCUCUGUGCGGGUGGGUGAUGACGUGCUGCUGCAGUGCGAGCUCAGCUCCAACCUGGCGACGCCCCUCUGGAGUCUGGAUGGCAGACAGGUGCAGGGCUACGACCUCAACUCUGGUUUUCGAACCGGCACGGAUGGCCUGCUGAUCAUUGAGGCCCGGCAGGACCAGAGUGGCCUGUACACUUGUUACAGCGUUGAAAACGGUGUAAAGGUUGCUGUAAUUACCUACAAUGUUACCAUCCACUUGGACCUACCCCCUCCCCCACCUGUUGAUCCAACUCAUGACAUUUACUUUGCCACUAUCAAAGCUCCCACUGAGCGCCCCUCCUCAGAGAAGACCAAGCCACCAUCGUUGGGCCCUCUCCUCCCACACUCAGACCUGCUCUCCCCCAGGAACAUGGAGGCCAUGUACCUGUCCCUCAUCACUGUACUUGGAGGCCUGUGUGUGGUCCUCACAGUGGUUCUCAUCUACUUGGGUUUCUGUUUGCGAGUAGGCCACAGAGGAAAGUACUCAAUACGUGCUGCGGCUGCAGCCCACCAGAACAGUAAGAAGCACCACAGGAACAGGAAACAGCACAGAAACUCCACCACCAUGGAGCUGAAGACCAUCUCAAGUCACUGUAAUGGCAACGGCAUUUGCAACGGAGGUUCAAAAAUGCAUAAUGGGAACAUCCAGGAUGGAGGCUUCCUACAGAUUGUCCCUGGCGAGGGUCACGCUUCAUCCAAUAAUGAAACUCCUCCCCCAGCCCCACCUCUCCCUCCCACACCUCAACUUACCUCUCCAGGGUGUGACUUUUCCAGCGGGCUGUCGGCUACGCUGCCCAGCGUCCUGAGGAGGAUAAAUGGAAACAGCUAUGUGCUGCUACGGCAGAGUGACUCUGAAAACAUGUCACCACCUGGUUAUUCUUUUGCUGAGGAGCUCAACAAGAUCUUAGAGAAGAGGAAACACACUCAGCUGCUGCCCAGGCCGGAUGAGAGCUCUGUGUAGAGCGACGUAGCUCCCUCUAUAGUGGGUGUACUUAGCCUGGUGCCUGUCACAUGACUCAUUAAUGUUGUGGACUAAAGCAAUGAAAGAGUCUAAAACUGAGACUAUUUCUAUUUUUGAACCAUUGAACUGCUUGUCAACCUUAAUUCCCCGCAAUUUCCCAACACAUAACAAAUGAGAAUCUAAAUCCCAGUGAAAGGGCCGAGCAUGAAACAAAAAAAAAGAGCAAUCUACCUCACCUCAAUACUGCCCAUGAGGACAAGUGCAGUCAGACUACAGUCUGAUCCAAGUAUCAUGUCUGAGCCCUCUGAUCCACUAAGCAGGAUGCACAGGCUCCAACAAGUCAAUGUGAAGAGUCGAUUCAGACUGGAGGGCAGCUAGCCAGAGUUUGUUUGUGCACAGAUGGCCUAUGCAUUUUUUAAACAUAUGAAAAGAGAGGGGCAAGGGAGCGAGGGGAUGUGGCAUGCAAUGUUUUUGCUUUUAACUAAUUACAACGACCAACGCAAAAUAUUAUACAGUAAUAUAAAUCUAGAUGGCACAUAACACUUUACACCAGCCAUCAAUGCAAACACUGGUGAACUAAUCAUUAUUUAAUAUUAAUCCUGUUUAACCAAAUAUUUCUUAAUUUAUGUUUUAUGUGAUUACUAAAGACAAUGUACCACAUUUAAUUCUAAAAUAAUUAUCAUAUUAAUCAUUUAUAUAAGCAUUUAUAUGUACUGUUAAAAUUGGUAAAAAGUUUCAUUAUAUUAAUUUGUUGAUAAUGCGAGGAUUACUCCAGAUGAUCCACUUAAUGCAUCAUGAAUGGUUAAAACUUGCCUAGUGCUGAAGCAGUGGGUUGGCCUUUAACUAAUUCCUACAAGCAGGCAUUAGGGUCCACAUUAUGUAUGAAAUUCAUGAGGGAUUUAACUUAUUAAACCUUUAGAUAUUUGAAAAUGUAUUAAAUGCAUUAAAUAGUGAUUAUUUCACCAAGUACUGAUGGACAUCCCGGGAUAUAUUUGACAGUAUUACUAAUUUUAGUGCACUUUAAAUUCCAGUAGUUUUAAAGUCAUUGUUAUUAACCCUGCAACCAGCGAGCCAGAGGAAGUUUUUUUUUUUUUUUUUUACACCCUGUUUCUCAGUGUGAGGAGUUGCGACUGUGGAGACCACAGCUGUAUCUGCUGGACCUUCUUUGACACAGUGGGUCAGAAGAAAAACACUGACCGAGCCUGAAUCUACUGCUGAGUGACACCUUGCAUGAGGGCAUCACACAGAAUGACAGACUGUCUGAAACAGCGUUCACCAAAAGCAUCCAAGGUGUGAUGAGUGCAGGUCAGUCUGAAUCCCACUUAAUUUUAUUCCUGAGGAUACCAUCUCCCAACCGGUGUCAGAUGGCAAAACUGGCUGCAAAGAUGUUCUUUGUUGAGUGCUGAAAUCAAAUUUUGUCGUUAGUGGACGGUGGAGCCUGAAGCGAGGCUGGAUAAGGGCUACAGCAUGAGAGUCUCUGCACCACCAGCUCUGCCUCACAAUAACUGGAAAGGAAAUUGUUGGCUCCUGUGUCUUACUGAGCAGCAUUUCUUCUUCAGAAAGCAGAUGUGUGUUUGUGUGUGAGUGUGAGAGAGCGUGUGUGGAGUGACCUUCCCUCUGUUUCAUGCAAACUUAACAUGUAAUCUUUUUUUUUCCUCACUUGCUGCAUGAAUUAUGUUUCAACACUGUUUCUCUUUAAGUCAAGAAAAGAACAAGGAAAACUCAUUUUAAUAUUAAUCAAAAGUGCCAAGUUGUUGUUUAAAAACUACUUUGUGGGCCUAUUUUAUCCCUCAAUGAGACAAAAAGGGAUUUAAAAAAAAAAAAGUUGCAUAUCUAUUUUGUAAUUUGUACAUUGUAUGUUUUGGAAUUUGCUGUCAAUGUUGAUGUUAAUCUGCCACUUGUGAAACACCUGCCUGACAAAAAGGAGGAUCACAGUUUGCCUGUGUUGCACAAAAUGUAAUAAAUAGAAGCACGGUAGACAAAAGCAUGCAGAAGCCGUACCAACACCACAGAAGUGAAUAUUUAUAACCUACUAUGGGAAGGGAAAAUGCACCAAAUUCUAUAUAGUCAUCACUGGAUUCCUAAUGUCUUAAUUAGGGAUUGUUAAGCUUUUUUGUCACUGUAAUUGUUUUGUUCUCUGUUUGCAUGCUCGUGCACACAGCACAUUCAAUCCUUUUAUUAAGUUAACACAAAGAAUAAAAGGGAAAGUGGGUUCCUUCACAUUUCAGUCAUGUUGAAUUUCAAUAAAACUUUGUACUUCAAA